AGCCACACCAUAAUAGUCAUAGAAAUUAAAGUCGCAAAAUUGAUAUUGUAAAGUAUUUCGAAGGAAUAGCAAGUAAACAACGAAAAUGUACCAGGAAUACCUCAACCAGCUUCGGACCUCCAUCGCGCCACUGGGCUCCGAUGAGCUGAAGGAGCUGCUGAACGACGACGAUAAGCUGGACGAGAAAGUGGACGAGGUGCUGGAGGUGCUGCGGACGGAAAAGACUAGCGUCUUUGAGGACAACAGGAGUCGGGCAGAGCGCAACAUUGAGCGGGAGCCACAAAUCAUAGAACUGCGCGGUCGUGUGGCAGAGCUCUCGGAGGAAGGUCGCACCAGGUGCGCCGCCGUUCAGGAAAAGCUCGGCCUGGUGAAGGAGAAGACUGGAGGAACGGGCCCGGAAACGGCGUUAGCCUUGCUCCAAACUGCCGCCUCAGAGAGUGAGGAACAGACCGAGGAAAUGAUCAAAAAGUUCAACGACAAUGAUCUGGGGGUGGAGGCUUUCCUGGAGGAGUUCCUUGCCAGCCGGCGGACUAUGCACCUACGGCGCCUUAAAGCGGAGAAGAUGCAGGAUUUGAUGCGCAAGCAGCGCCAGGGACCACCACCAGCAGCUUCUCUGCCAGCCUACGGCAACGUGUCAUCCAGCGGAUUCUAUCCAUCAGCCACGGGUUCUGCUCCAUAUCCGAUUAUGGGCCCCAUGAUGCCAAUGCCCCCACCAUCCCGACCCUACUGAGACUUGGAUCUAGUCCUGGUAACUGCCAUGGGGGAAAGGGUGGUAUGAUGUGACGCAACAAGCCAACUGCAGGCGUGUUUUUUUUUCUAUAUAAUUGGAGAACUGCGUAAUUCCAGACAUUGCAAGUGCCCUCGUGGUGCACCCGCUCGAUGAGUCAUGCACCCACUCCAGAAUAUCGGUAUAAAGCGCAUCGUUAUCAAGUUAAAAA